AAAAAGCUCAGUCUGCCGCUGAAAGUGCCUCGUGUCGUGUUCAUCAUUUUUAAAUCCCCCCAAAAGUCUGUGCCUUCAUUUCCACUCCAUCAACCCUUUCUUAUAAUAUUGUGCUAAAAGUGUGUGCAAGAAAAAAGGAAGCACCUUAUAGUGCUGAAGAAUAUUUUGGUGUUACGAAGGAAAAGGCAUUGCCCUCUUGUGAAUCUCAGGUGUGUGUGUGCGCAAAAGGGUUGACCCUAUCACCGUGGAAUACCGGUCAAGUGCAAAUUUUUGCUGUGCUAAGUGCACUCCUUGAAUCAGAAUCUCACGAAAAGUGCUAAAAAGUGGUCAAUUUGUGAUAAAAUAUCGCAAGUGUUUGCUCGAAAAAAAAGUCGCGGAGUCAACAUCACCUUAUAAAUAUAAAAUCAACAUACGGCCUUUCUCGACCUUACGUAAUCGCUGUGCCAUCAAGUGAACACCAGCGGAGCCUAAAGUGUGUGUGCCAUUUACAUUCAAAUUUAUCUCUCUCUCUCCUACUUGAAAGUCUUUUAUACCCAAGUGGGAGUUCUUAGCUGGGGGAUCAUUUAGUGCUUUUUUUUUGUUCACAAGUGCAAGAAGGAUGUGACGGUCCGUAGAGACCCCAUCAUACCCAUACAAUCACCAUAAUAUCCUUUUUGAUAAUUUGGCUGUGGAUUCACAAGUGCUUCAGUGUGGCCUCCUUGUGCAGGGAGACAAAGACACCACAGAGACUGUUUUAGACGUUUAGUGCAUUAGUUAUUUUCCUCAUUUAUGUGUUCUUUUUCGCGCUGAAAAGAUCGCUGUGAUUGGAAUAAUGCAAAGAUGGUGCUAGAAAAAACCCAGAAAAAAGUAUCUUCCCAAGGGAAGAGUUCAUCAGUAAAGACGUCCAAGAGUUCUUCAACAACUCAGCAGAAGAGCUCAAAAGUUGUUUCCUCUACCAGUGGAGGAAGCGUUACAAUUGAAGAGAGCCAUCAUGAUGUCCCAAUUUCUUCUCAAACAUCCUACAUCGUCAGUGAUGAGGUGAUUGAUCGGAAACCCAAGGAACACAUCAUCUUCGGUGGUACCCAGAUAACUGAAGUUGGUACAGUUCUGGGGAAGAAUGAUGGAGAUAAGACAAUUCGUGAAGCCCCUGGGGUGACAUCAUUUACAAAAGUUGAAUCUGGAUCAUCCUCUACAAAGAGUAGCACCCAGAAAUCCUCAUCCAGCAGCUAUGUCGUUGAAUUUGUGGAUGGAAAGGAAGUUCGUCGGGAUGUUCAGGCCCGUGAAUGGGGUUCCAGUGAUAACCAGAGUAAGGCUGAAGAAUUCAAAUCCGUAUCGGGCACAGGUAUUAAGACCGAAACUCAAUAUGCUGCCAAAUCCGACAAGGAUUCCCUGAAGUACGACACAGGGAAGGGUGGUGAGAAUCCCAUGUUUGAUCGUAUUAUGCAAAGUGAGGAACGCCUUGUGGAGAAGAUUGGUCAGGAGAAGCCCCUUGAUUACCACAACCAGACAACCCAGUAUGAAACGUAUGAUCCUACAACAAAGAGAAUCAUAUCUCGUGGGGGUGAUAGUCAGACAAAUCUCUCAGGAGCAAUGAUAACACAGAAUAUUGACUCAACAAGUCUCCAGAAUGUGCCCAAAAGUGACCAGAUGGCCAUCUCUGUGAGUGCUCUUGAGAAUCAAAGCACCUCCGUGGGUCGAUUGACGGCGGAAAAUGUGAAAAUUCUCAACACUAGCCAAGAGAAGAAGCAUCAAUCGUCCAGGAAUGUCUCAAAAGACGUAACAGUGGUCACGGAAGAGCGUAGAAGUAGCUUUGAUGAUGCUGCUUCUGGGAAUACUUUUAUAAUUGAGGAGAACACCCGGGGGCAGCAGGAAAGGCAGUCUGCGGUAACAGAUAGAAAUCAAAGCUCAUGGGAUGGGAAAUUCAUCUACGAAAAGCCACAGGUCAUCACUAGUAGCAGUAGCCACCAAACCAGAGAUAGCGUCGCUAAUGCUACAACAACAUACAAGACCAAGGUUUGGGAUGAUAAAUCCAAAUCUUGGAGGGUGGUGAAUGAAACAACAGUCAGUGAGAAGGAUGUCUUGCUUGAGCAACGACAUCGUGUCAAUGAUCAACCGGAAAUGAAGAUGAGAAGUGCAACUUCCAGCAAGGAAGUUACAGAAAAUCGUGGACAAACAGGAAUAACUUCCAGUAAAGAAAUUUCCCAGACACAUGAUCAAACUGUGAAGCAAGUAGCAGAUACAGUUGAUAAUGCAUCCAUCAGGCACACCACGGAAAGUCUUGGGCAAACUUCGAAGAAACAGACUACAGAUGUGCGGGAUAAGACCUCAACAAUUAAGGAUGUUGCAGACAUUCGUAAGCAGUCUUCCAAAAGUGAUGUCCAAGAAAUCCGUGAUCAAAGUGUGAUCCAAUCUUCGAAGAGUGAAUUAAAAAGUUCCAGCUCAAGCACAACAAAGUCCUCCGCAAUUAAGGAAAGCACGAGCAAGAGCUCAACUGAAAGUGUUAGUAAGUCUUCGAGUAAAAUCCAGCAGCAGGUUUACGAUGAGAAAACCAAAACCUGGCAGGAAGUAGAUGAGAAGACAUUGAAAAGCAAACGUCCAUCCCUUGUGCGGUAUGUUAGUCAGGAAAGAGAUGGGACCUAUACGACAAUCUACAAGCGAAAGAUUUACGAUGCAAAGUCAAGACAAUGGAAGAUUGUGGAUGAGAAGGUUUUUAAGGAUCGAAAACCCUAUGAAACAAUUCCCGAGUAUCCUAUUGAGGAUACAACGAAUAGAACAACAACAACCUAUACCACCAAGGUUUACGACACAACCACGGGAACGUGGAAGAUUGUGGAUGAACAGAGCUUCACAGAUACGGACACUUUCAUCCCAAAGGACAUUGUUCAGGAGAUCGAAAGAGAUCAUCCUGAUUUGGCAAAUAUAACAACAACAACGGAAAUAACGAAGAUCUUUGACGCCACAACCAAUACGUGGCGCGUGAUUGAUGAGAAAACAUCAACUGAUGUUCUCGAGAAGAUUGUCCAGAGACCCAGUAGAACAAAGGAUGUCUACAUUGAGAAUAUUACAGAUAUUGAUAAAUAUAAGUCCGUGAAGGAUUCCUCGGAGACAAAUAUCGAUAUUCUCAAUAGAACCGACAUAACCGACGUAACCAAGCGAACGAUCGAGGAUAUAGAUGUUUCACAGCAAGGAGUAACAGAGAAAUUCACAAAAGAUCAGGGAAUCGUUAAGAAGAGCAGCAUUUUAGAUGAUACAUCAGACAAUCGAAUUGUCCGAGAAGAGAUCGACAUUGAGCGGAAAACCAUCAACGAGAAGAUCACUGAUCGUACAUCAAAAGACUCGAAAAUCACACAGUCAACGACGAAAACUUCUGGAGGUCAGAGCAAAUAUGAAGAAAUUACCAGGAAUGAUGUCACCAAGAUUUCAGAUAAAGUCUCGCGAGAUUCUGCCCGGAAUUCAAUUAACAAAGAGCAGUGUAUUUGCGAAAUAUGUACUUGUGGGCGCCAUAGCUGCGUACAUAAAACUGAGGAUCACAUCGUUAUCUCCGAGGAUAGGAGUGCCGUUGAAAAUAGAACAGCUUACAAUCAAGACUUUAUCAAUAAAUUCGUUGAUAAAACCACUGAUAUAAGGGAGACUGUGAAAAAGCCCCAAGAUAAUCUGAAGCUUGAAGGAGAUUUUCAGGAAUAUCGCAAAGUUGUCGAAGAGCUGAAGGUCGUUAGAGGUGAUCGAGCAGACAUUGUCCGUAGAAAGGAUAAUUUGACCACAACAGGUGAAUUUACAGACAUCACUACUGCUAAGACGGAUUUCACUGACUACACAGCCGACAGGGAGCGUGUUACACCAAUCCGCCGAAACACUUUUACAAAAAUUGAAGGAACAAUUGACUUCACCACUACUAAUCAGACAGAUUUCAUUGAUCAAGAAAUUCAUUAUCAACGACCCAGAAAGAGAACAUGGACAAAAGAUGAUGUAGAGAAGUUCUACUCACAAACAGAUGUAACAACCAAAACAACAAAUCAGGAGCAAUAUCGUGCCAUUAAGGAUACAAAAGAUAUAAGACAAGAACAGAAAAAACCUCUUGAUAAUCUUCGUCCUGAGGGAGACUUCUAUACACCAGAAAAACCAGGGUACCGUCCCGCUGAAAGACCGAAGCAAAUUCGACCACAGGAUAAUUUGCGCACUGAAGGAAACUUCGAACGACCUGUUAAACACCAACCAUCACCUGGAGAGAAAAGAACACCAAUACGCCAUGGAGAUAACUUGAAACCUGAAGGAGAUUUUGAACGGCCAGAGAAACCAGGAUAUCAUCCUGCCGAACGGCCUAAACAGGUGCGACCAGAAGAUAAUUUGAAACCUGAAGGAGAUUUCCAAAGGCCCGAAAAACCCGUGUUCAAACCUGCAGAACGUCCACAGCAAAAAAGGCCUGAAGAUAAUUUACGUCCUGAAGGUGAUUUUGAGCGUCCAUCAAAGUCUCAACCUACUCCAGGCGAGAAAAGAACUCCAAUUCGUCAUGGCGACAAUCUCAAGCCUGAAGGAGAUUUUGAACGGCCAGAAAAACCAGGAUAUAGGCCCGCUGAGAGACCACAGCAAGUCAAACAUGAAGAUAACUUGCGUCCUGAAGGACAAUUUUACACUCCCGAGAAGCCUGGCUAUCGUCCAGCUGAAAGGCCACAACAAAUUCGGCCUGAAGAUAAUUUGAAACCUGAAGGAGAUUUCCAAAGGCCCGAAAAGCAAGCAUUUAGACCAGCAGAACGUCCACAGCAAAAAAGACCAGAAGAUAAUUUACGUCCUGAGGGAGACUUUGAAAGGCCAGUCAAACCCCAACCUUAUUCGGCCGAAAAGAGAGCUCCAAUUCGUCACGGAGAUAAUCUCAAGCCUGAAGGAGAUUUUGAACGCCCAGAAAAACCAGGGUAUAGGCCCGCUGAGAGACCGCAGCAAGUCAAACAUGAAGAUAACUUGCGUCCUGAAGGACAAUUUUACACUCCCGAGAAGCCUGGCUAUCGUCCAGCUGAAAGGCCACAGCAAAUUCGGCCUGAAGAUAAUUUGAAACCUGAAGGAGAUUUCCAAAGGCCCGAAAAGCAAGCAUUUAGACCAGCUGAACGUCCACAACAGAAAAGGCCUGAAGAUAAUUUACGUCCUGAGGGAGACUUUGAAAGACCAGUCAAACCCCAACCUUAUUCGGCCGAAAAGAGAGCUCCAAUUCGUCACGGAGAUAAUCUCAAGCCUGAAGGAGAUUUUGAACGUCCAGAAAAACCAGGAUAUAGGCCCGCUGAGAGACCGCAGCAAGUCAGACAUGAAGAUAACUUGCGUCCUGAAGGACAAUUUUACACUCCCGAGAAGCCUGGCUAUCGUCCAGCUGAAAGGCCACAGCAAAUUCGGCCUGAAGAUAAUUUGAAACCUGAAGGAGAUUUCCAAAGGCCCGAAAAGCAAGAAUUUAGACCAGCUGAACGUCCACAACAAAAGAGGCCUGAAGAUAAUUUACGUCCUGAGGGAGAUUUUGAAAGACCAGUCAAACCACAACCUUAUUCGGCCGAAAAGAGAGCUCCAAUUCGUCAUGGAGAUAAUCUCAAGCCUGAAGGAGAUUUUGAACGCCCAGAAAAACCAGGAUAUAGGCCCGCUGAGAGACCACAGCAAGUCAGACAUGAAGAUAACUUGCGUCCUGAAGGACAAUUUUACACUCCCGAGAAGCCUGGCUAUCGUCCAGCUGAAAGGCCACAGCAAAUUCGGCCUGAAGAUAAUUUGAAACCUGAAGGAGAUUUCCAAAGGCCCGAAAAGCAAGAAUUUAGACCAGCUGAACGUCCACAACAAAAGAGGCCUGAAGAUAAUUUACGUCCUGAGGGAGAUUUUGAAAGACCAGUCAAACCACAACCUUAUUCGGCCGAAAAGAGAGCUCCAAUUCGUCAUGGAGAUAAUCUCAAGCCUGAAGGAGAUUUUGAACGCCCAGAAAAACCAGGAUAUAGGCCCGCUGAGAGACCACAGCAAGUCAGACAUGAAGAUAACUUGCGUCCUGAAGGACAAUUUUACACUCCCGAGAAACCUGGCUAUCGUCCAGCUGAAAGGCCACAGCAAAUUCGGCCUGAAGAUAAUUUGAAACCUGAAGGAGAUUUCCAAAGGCCCGAAAAGCAAGAAUUUAGACCAGCUGAACGUCCACAGCAAAAAAGGCCUGAAGAUAAUUUACGUCCUGAGGGAGACUUUGAAAGGCCAGUCAAACCCCAACCUUAUUCGGCCGAAAAGAGAGCUCCAAUUCGUCAUGGAGAUAAUCUCAAGCCUGAAGGAGAUUUUGAACGGCCAGAAAAACCAGGAUAUAGGCCCGCUGAGAGACCACAGCAAGUCAGACAUGAAGAUAACUUGCGUCCUGAAGGACAAUUUUACACUCCCGAGAAACCUGGCUAUCGUCCAGCUGAAAGGCCACAGCAAAUUCGGCCUGAAGAUAAUUUGAAACCUGAAGGAGAUUUCCAAAGGCCCGAAAAGCAAGAAUUUAGACCAGCUGAACGUCCACAGCAAAAAAGGCCUGAAGAUAAUUUACGUCCUGAGGGAGACUUUGAAAGGCCAGUCAAACCCCAACCUUAUUCGGCCGAAAAGAGAGCUCCAAUUCGUCACGGAGAUAAUCUCAAGCCUGAAGGAGAUUUUGAACGCCCAGAAAAACCAGGAUAUAGGCCCGCUGAGAGACCACAGCAAGUCAAACAUGAAGAUAACUUGCGUCCUGAAGGACAAUUUUACACUCCCGAGAAGCCUGGCUAUCGUCCAGCUGAAAGGCCACAGCAAAUUCGGCCUGAAGAUAAUUUGAAACCUGAAGGAGAUUUCCAAAGGCCCGAGAAGCAAGAAUUUAGACCAGCUGAACGUCCACAGCAAAAAAGGCCUGAAGAUAAUUUACGUCCUGAGGGAGACUUUGAAAGGCCAGUCAAACCCCAACCUUAUUCGGCCGAAAAGAGAGCUCCAAUUCGUCACGGAGAUAAUCUCAAGCCUGAAGGAGAUUUUGAACGUCCAGAAAAACCAGGAUAUAGGCCCGCUGAGAGACCGCAGCAAGUCAGACAUGAAGAUAACUUGCGUCCUGAAGGACAAUUUUACACUCCCGAGAAACCUGGCUAUCGUCCAGCUGAAAGGCCACAGCAAAUUCGGCCUGAAGAUAAUUUGAAACCUGAAGGAGAUUUCCAAAGGCCCGAAAAGCAAGAAUUUAGACCAGCUGAACGUCCACAGCAAAAAAGGCCUGAAGAUAAUUUACGUCCCGAAGGGGACUUUGAACGUCCUGUCAAAUAUCAACCAACUCCUGGAGAAAAGAGGACUCCUAUUCGCCAUGGAGAUAAUCUCAAACCAGAGGGAGACUUUGAACGACCAGAAAAACCAGGAUACAGGCCCGCAGAAAGACCACAACAAGUCAAACCUGAAGAUAAUUUGCGUCCCGAAGGACAAUUUUACACUCCCGAGAAGCCUGGUUAUCGUCCAGCUGAGAGGCCACAACAAGUAAAACCUGAAGAUAAUUUGAAACCUGAAGGAGAUUUCCAAAGGCCUGAAAAACAAGAAUUUAGACCAGCUGAACGUCCACAGCAAAAAAGGCCAGAAGAUAAUCUACGUCCUGAAGGGGACUUUGAACGUCCUGUCAAAUAUCAACCAACUCCUGGAGAAAAGAGGACUCCUAUUCGCCACGGAGAUAAUCUCAAACCAGAGGGUGACUUUGAACGUCCAGAAAAACCAGGGUACAGGCCCGCAGAGCGACCGCAACAAGUUAAACAUGAAGACAAUCUUCGUCCUGAAGGUGAAUUUUAUACCCCAGAAAAGCCUGGUUAUCGUCCAGCUGAAAGGCCACAGCAAAUUCGGCCUGAAGAUAAUUUGAAACCAGAAGGAGAUUUCCAAAGGCCUGAAAAACAAGAAUUUAGACCAGCUGAACGUCCACAGCAAAAAAGGCCUGAAGAUAAUUUACGUCCCGAAGGGGACUUUGAACGUCCUGUCAAAUAUCAACCAACUCCUGGAGAAAAGAGGACUCCUAUUCGCCAUGGAGAUAAUCUCAAACCAGAGGGAGACUUUGAACGACCAGAAAAACCAGGAUACAGGCCCGCAGAAAGACCACAACAAGUCAAACCUGAAGAUAAUUUGCGUCCCGAAGGACAAUUUUACACUCCCGAGAAGCCUGGUUAUCGUCCUGCUGAGAGGCCACAACAAGUAAAACCUGAAGAUAAUUUAAAACCCGAAGGAGAUUUCCAAAGGCCUGAAAAACAAGAAUUUAGACCAGCUGAACGUCCACAGCAAAAAAGGCCUGAAGAUAAUCUACGUCCUGAAGGGGACUUUGAACGUCCUGUCAAAUAUCAACCAACUCCUGGAGAAAAGAGGACUCCUAUUCGCCACGGAGAUAAUCUCAAACCAGAGGGUGACUUUGAACGUCCAGAAAAACCAGGGUACAGGCCCGCAGAGCGACCGCAACAAGUUAAACAUGAAGACAAUCUUCGUCCUGAAGGUGAAUUUUAUACCCCAGAAAAGCCUGGUUAUCGUCCUGCUGAGAGGCCUCAACAAGUGAAACCUGAAGAUAAUUUAAAACCCGAAGGCGAUUUCCAAAGGCCUGAAAGACAAGAAUUUAGACCAGCUGAACGUCCACAGCAGAAGCGUCCUGAGGAUAAUCUUAAGCCCGAAGGAGAUUUUGAACGUCCUGUCAAAUAUCAACCAACUCCCGGAGAAAAGAGAACUCCUAUUCGUCAUGGAGAUAAUCUCAAACCAGAGGGAGACUUUGAACGUCCAGAGAAACCAGGAUACAGGCCCGCAGAAAGACCGCAGCAAGUUAAACAUGAAGACAAUCUUCGUCCUGAAGGUGAAUUUUAUACCCCAGAAAAGCCUGGUUAUCGUCCUGCUGAGAGGCCUCAACAAGUGAAACCUGAAGAUAAUUUAAAACCCGAAGGCGAUUUCCAAAGGCCUGAAAGACAAGAAUUUAGACCAGCUGAACGUCCACAGCAGAAGCGUCCUGAGGAUAAUCUUAAGCCCGAAGGAGAUUUUGAACGUCCAGUCAAAUAUCAACCAACUCCUGGAGAAAAGAGAACUCCUAUUCGUCAUGGAGAUAAUCUCAAACCAGAGGGAGACUUUGAACGUCCAGAGAAACCAGGAUACAGGCCCGCAGAAAGACCGCAGCAAGUUAAACAUGAAGACAAUCUUCGUCCUGAAGGUGAAUUUUAUACCCCAGAAAAGCCUGGUUAUCGUCCUGCUGAGAGGCCUCAACAAGUGAAACCUGAAGAUAAUUUGAAACCCGAAGGAGAUUUCCAAAGGCCAGUAAAACCAGGGUUCCACCCAGCCGAGCGCCCACAACAGAAGCGACCAGAAGAUAAUCUCAAGCCUGAAGGAGAUUUUGAACGUCCUGUCAAAUAUCAACCUACUCCUGGAGAAAAGAGAACUCCUAUCCGACAUGGCGAUAAUUUGAAACCAGAAGGAGAUUUUGAACGUCCAGAAAAACCGGGAUAUCGACCAGCUGAAAGGCCACAGCAAAUUAAACCACAAGACAAUCUUAAACCAGAAGGGGACUUCCAGAGGCCAGAUAAGGUUGAAUUUAAACCAGCUGAACGUCUACAACAAAAGCGACCGGAGGAUAAUUUGAAACCGGAGGGUAAAAUGCUUGUUCAACGAGAGGAUCAGUAUAAGACUACAAAGGGUGAUAGGUAUGACGUUGUUAAACGUACAGACAACCUAACUCUGUCGGGAGAAUUUAUUGAUAUGAAAAAGAAAGAUGAUUUCACCAUUACUAGGGGUGAAAGAGCAGAUGUUGUAACAAGAGAGGAUAACUUAAAGAUGACCGGAGAAUUUACAUCAAAACGCUCAUCGGAUGAUUAUAAAAGCGUACGAACUGAAAAAGUUGAAGUUGUUCGACACAAAGACAAUUUACGUCUUGAAGGUAAUUUCGAAGAUCACAAUCGUCGAGAUGAUUUUACUGUAGUUCGAGGUGAAAAGGUGGAAGUGGUGAAGCAUCCUGAUAAUCUUCGCCCCGAGGGAACAUUUGAGAAGCGGGAUAAACCAAAAUUCGUCCCGGUAGAAAAGAGAAAACCAAUUAAACAAAGUGAUAAUCUCAAAUUGGAAGGUGAUUUCUAUCGUCCUGAAAAGACUUCACCACAAAGAAAGGAUGCUCGUGCAACUCCAAUUAAACACAAGGAUAAUUUGAAGAUUGAGGGUGAUUUUGAAAAACCAGAGAAGAAACCAUACUCACCGGCUGAGAAGCCCAUUGUUAAGAAACCCCAGGAUAAUUUAAAGAUUACUGGAGAAUUCGAAGGGAAGACUACACAGAAAUCCGAAUUCCGGGUUGUACGCGGAGAAAGGGCGGAUGUGAAGAAGAUGGAAGAUCAUCUUGAUGUUGGAUCGGGAACUAUGGAAACAACAACCACAUCUUCAUCAACCUUCAAGCAACAGAAAACAACACAGAAAACUAAACCUGUAUCCACAAAGCAUCAUCUCAUGAAAUCAAGUAUUACUCUUGGGGAUGAUACAACAAUCUCCAGAACAACAAAUCAAAUGAACUACACGGAUACCAGACAGAAGACUGUGAGUGAGAAGACUACAACUGUUAAAGAAGAUACAUCAACAAAGAAGGGUCUGCAGGAUGGUAUGAUUGUCGUAACAACGAAGAAGGUGACAACUGUCUUAGCCAACGAAGCUCCUCCAGAGACACCGGUUACUGAGGUCGUUCACAUGGAUAAUAAAAUUAAUGUACGACAACACGAAUCGAGAUCAUCUUCAAACUUGAACAUCGUGAAGCAAUCAAAUAUUAUCAACAAAACUGAAAUGGUUGAUGAAAGUCAUGUUAAAAGAAUUGAGAGCGGUAGCAGGCAAGAGAGAAUUGAGAGCGGUAGCAGGCAAGAGAGAAUUGAGAGUGGUAGUAGGCAAGAGAGAAUUGAGAGCGGCAGCAGGCAAGAGAGAAUUGAGAGUGGUAGCACACAACAACGAAUUGAAAGUGGAAGCAAGAGGGGGAGUAUUGAGAGUGGUAGCAGGCGAGAGAGUGUUGAAAGCGGGGGCAGACAGGAAAGAAUCGCUGUGCAUGAGGCAUCUCAGAAGAACAAGAAUGUCAACUUAAGAGUUUCAGAUGUUCUCAAUCAGAGAACUGUGAUGCAGAAUGAGGAGAGAAGUCGCGGAGGAUCGCAGUUUAUCACUCGCCAAAGUGACGUCAUUAAUCAGCAAUUAAAUUUGAGAAGCAACGAUGAGAAUAUCAACAACAGCCAUAGACAGUCCAUGAGGAAUGAACAUCAUAGCAUGGAGAGUAGAGAGAACAGAGUUUCUUCGCAUGACAGUCACGAGAAGCAUCUUCAGGAAUCACAGCGUCGGAAUUACGUGGCUGAGAAGAAUGCCGUCAAUACGCAGUAUCAUCGUCGAAAUGUCUUGUCCACGGAAGCAGAUGUCUCCAAUGCGGUCUUUCAUCGCAAAGCAACAUCAUCAAACACCCACGAAGCCGUCCAAUCAACGAGUCUUAGCUCCACAGCAGCCAUUCAGCGGAAGAGUCUCUCCAAUCUCCAUGAUCAGUCACUCUAUUCUGGUUCAUCAAAUGAUCGCAAGAGCUACAGCUCUCUGCAUCGUCAGGGUCGUGAGCAUUCUUGGUCUACCCAUGGUGCUGAUCAAGCAACUCGAGUCACUCACAAGGAUAAUCUGAGUAUCGGCAAAGGGGAAUUCUACGGUCGUGUGGAGUCCCGAAGCUAUGGUAAUUGGGCUGGCCCUGCUGCUGGAAUGCGAUCAUACGAAGCUCCAAUAACUAAACGCACAAUGAACUCCUCAAGCAUAUCCUUCGGAGAUUCCUCAGCAUCUGGCUUCACUAGCUACCGGAAGGAGUACGUUAGGGUCCACGAUGGUCCCUGUCCUGCUCAUCACAUCGACAAGGGCAGCUUCAAGCAUACCCGUGAUACGAAGACGCACAAAUUUUAUCUACCUGUGACCAAGAACUAACCAUUCCAUGAAGUUUUACUACAUUUUUUGCCUUUAUAAACUUUUCACGAAAUAACUGGUGCUCAUAAAAAGCAAUAUUUUAUAGGGAUUUAACAAAAUAUUAAUUCAUUCCGUUCAAUUUACUAAUUAAAACGUUGCUCUUUGUUAAAUGAAUAACACAGUGUUUUUACAUACAUACCUAUAUGAAAUCAGUUGAUUAACACACGUUAUUUUUCUAUGAUGCAUUUAUAAUAUUGAAAUAAAAAGUAUUUUGCCAUUUUA